GGGGCUGUGAGAGGGUGGGACAGAGAUGGCACCCAGGAGCUCUGAGUCACCUGCUCCUUUCUGAGCCAGACAGGGAUCCAGAAACAGACUGGGGCCAGACCACCAUCCCGGCAACCUAGGAUGCUCUGUCAAUGAGCCCAUGGCGUGUAAGAAAAUCAACUACCUUCUCAUCAUCUACCUCAGUGUCUUACUGUUCACCUACAUAAAAAAUUCCUUUUGCAAUAAAAACGACACCAGAUGCCUCUCAAACUCUUGCCAAAACAAUUCUACGUGCAAAGGUUUUGCAAAAGGCGACAAUUGUCAUUGUGCAGACGAAGGCAACAAUGUGGACGAAGACUGUGAUGAUGUGAGAGAUCCUUGCUUCUCCAGCCCUUGUUCAGGAAGUGCCACUUGUGAGAACAGCCCGGGACAAAGGAGCUUUCUGUGCAAAUGUCCUCCUGGCUAUAGUGGAGUGACCUGUGAAACUGCCAUCAGUCCCUGUGGCAUGAAUUCCUGCCAACACGGAGGUAUUUGUCACCAGGACUCUAUUCAGCCUGUCUGCAUCUGCCCUGCAGGAUAUGCUGGAAGGUUCUGCGAGGUGGACUAUGACGAGUGUGCUUCUGGCCCUUGCCACAAUGGGGCCGUGUGCCAGGAUGGAAUUGACGGCUACUCCUGCUUCUGUGUCCCAGGAUACCAAGGCAGGCACUGUGACCUGGAGGUGGAUGAAUGUGCUUCAGAUCCCUGUAGAAAUGAGGGUACGUGCCUCAACGAGAUCGGAAGGUACACGUGUAUCUGUCCCCAUGAUUAUUCCGGUAUAAACUGUGAAGCGGAAGUUGAUGAAUGUUGGUCCCAGCCCUGUCUAAACGGUGCCACCUGUCAGGACACUCUGGGGGCUUAUUUUUGCGACUGUGCCCCUGGCUUCCUGGGGGAUCACUGUGAACAUGACAUCGAUGAGUGUGCCAGCCAGCCGUGCCUCCAUGGAGGGCUGUGUGUGGAUGGCGAGAGCAGAUAUAGCUGUGACUGCAUGGGUAGUGGAUUCACAGGGACUCACUGUGAGACCUUGAUGCCUCUUUGUUGGUCAAAGCCUUGUUACAAUAAUGCUACAUGUGAGGACAGUGUUGACAAUUACACUUGUCACUGCUGGCCUGGAUACACAGGUGUCCAGUGUGAGACUGACAUCAACGAAUGCAGUAGUGACCCCUGCCAGUCUGAUGGGGACUGUGUGGAGCUGUCCUCAGAGAAGCAGUAUGGACACACUCCGGGGCUGCCUUCCUCGUUCAGCUACCUUGAAGCCUCAGGUUAUGUCUGUAUCUGCCAGCCUGGAUUCACAGGAAUCCACUGUGAAGAAGACAUCAAUGAAUGUUCUCCAAACCCUUGCCAAAAUGGCGGCACUUGUGAGAACUUACCUGGGAAUUACACUUGCCACUGUCCACUUGAUGACUUUUCCAGAACAGCUUAUGGAGGACAGAACUGCUCAGAUGUUCUCAUAGGCUGCACUCAUCACCAGUGUCUAAAUAAUGGAACAUGUAUUCCUCACUUCCGAAAUGACCAACAUGGAUUCAGCUGCCUCUGUCCGUCUGGCUAUACGGGGCCCCUGUGUGAAAUUGCCACUACACUUUCAUUUGAGGGCAACGGCUUCCUGUGGGUUACGAGCAGUUCAAUCCCAGCGAAUGGCUCAGUUUGUAACAUAGCCCUCAGGUUUCAGACCAUCCAGCCCACGGCAUUUCUCCUGCUCCGAGGCAACAGGGACAUGUUUGUCAAGCUGGAGUUGCUAAGUGGCUCCAUUCACUUAUCAGUUCGAGUCAAUAAUCAGUCAAAGGUGCUUCUGUACUUCUCCCACAACACCAGCGAUGGAGAGUGGCAUUCCGUGGAGGUGACCUUUGCAGAGGUUGUGACUCUCGUCUUAAUCGACAGCUCCUGUAAAGAGAAAUGCAUCGCUACAACUCUUUCUCCAUUUGGAAGUGAUCAAUCAGUGUGUGCUUUUCAGAACAUCUUUCUGGGAGGCUUUCCAGUGGGAAGAAUGAACUCCAGUGCUGAUCUGCUUAGCAUCCAUAAUGUGCCAUCCACACCUUCGUUUGUAGGCUGUCUCCAAGAUAUUAAAAUUGAUUUGAAUCACAUUAUCCCCGAGAACAUUUCAUCUGGCUCAUCGUUAAAUGUCAUGGCUGGCUGUGUGAGAAAAGAUUGGUGUGAAAACCAACCUUGUCACAAUAGAGGACAUUGCAUCAACCUGUGGAUGAGUUACCAGUGUGACUGCUACAGGCCCUAUGAGGGCCCCAACUGUCUGGGAGAGUACGUGGCAGGCAGAUUUGGCCUGGAUGAUGCCACUGGCUAUGCAAUCUUUAACUUUGAUGAGCAUUAUGAAGAAAAUGUCAGCCUCUCCAUGUUUGUCCGAACACAUCAGCCUUCGGGAUUACUUCUCGCUUUGGAAAACAGCACUUACCAAUACGUCCGUGUCUGGCUAGAGCAUGGCAGACUGGCACUGCUGACUCCCAGUGCUCCCCAGUUAGUCACGGAAUUCCUUCUUAGUGAUGGAAACGCCCACUUGGUAUCUUUGAAUAUCAAGCCAAAUAAAAUGGAACUGUAUCACUCAUCACAAAACUUAGGAUUUAUUUCUGCUCCUAAAUGGAAGAUCCAAAAAGGAGAUGUCAUCUACAUUGGUGGCCUGCCCGACAGACAAACGACUGAACUUAACGGUGGAUUCUUCAAAGGCUGUAUCCAAGAUUUAAGAUUAAACAACCAAAAUCUGGAAUUCUUCCCAAACUCAAGCAAUAAUGCAUCCUACAACCCAAUUCUUGUCAAUGUGACCGAAGGUUGUCCUGGAGACAACAUGUGCAAGUCCAACCCCUGUCACAACGGAGGUGUGUGCUACUCCCUGUGGGAUGACUUCUCCUGUUCCUGCCCUCCGAAUACAGCUGGGAAAGCCUGUGAAGAAGUUCAGUGGUGCCAACUCAGUCCAUGUCCUCCUGGAGCCCAGUGCCAGUUGGUGCCUCAAGGAUUUGAGUGUAUUGCAAAUGCUGUUUUUAAUGGACAAAGCAGUGAAAUAGUAUUCAGAAGCAAUGGGAAUAUUACCAGAGAACUCACCAACAUCACACUCGGCUUCAGAACAAGGGAUGCAAACAUGGUGAUACUCCAUGCAGAAAAAGAGCCUGAAUUUCUUAAUAUUAGCAUUCAAGAUUCCAGAUUGUCUUUUCAACUGCAAAGUGGCAACAGUUUGAACACACUGAGCCUGACAAGCCGGCGGUCAGUGAGCGAUGGCACGUGGCACCAAGUGGCUCUUUCCAUGACAGACCCGCUGGCCCAGGUCGCCAGGUGGCAAAUGGAAGUGGACAACCAGACACCUUCUGUGACCAGUGCAGUGGCUACCGGAAGCCUCAGCUUUCUGAAGGGUGAUACAAACAUUUAUGUGGGGGGCCGAGCGGUGGACAAUAUGAAGGGCCCUCAAGGAUGUCUAAGUACAAUAGGAAUUGGAGGCAUUUAUCUCUCUUAUUUUGAAAAUGUUCAUGGUUUUACUUCUAAGCCUCAGAAAGAACAGUUUCUCAAAAUCUCUACAAAGCCUGUGGUGACUGGCUGCUUGCAGUUAAAUGCCUGCAACUCCAGUCCCUGCUUGCACGGAGGGGACUGCGAGGACAUCUAUAGCUCCUACCACUGCUCCUGUCCCUUGGGAUGGUCAGGGAUGAACUGUGAACGCAACAUCAAUGAAUGCCUUUCCAACCCCUGUAUCCAUGGCAACUGCUCUGAUGGCGUUGCAGCCUACCACUGCAGGUGUGAGCAGGGAUAUGCCGGUGUGAACUGUGAAGAGGAACUAGACAACUGCCGGAGUCACCGGUGUGCAAACGGAGCCACCUGCAUUAGUAAUGCUAAUGGCUACACUUGCCUCUGUUCUGGGAAUUUUACAGGGAAAUUCUGCAGACGCAGGAGAUUACCCUCAGCAGUCUGUGGGAAUGAGCAGACAAAUCUCACUUGCUACAACGGAGGCAACUGCUCAGAGUUCCAGACUGAAUUAAAAUGUAUGUGCCGGCCAGGUUUUACUGGAGAACGGUGUGAAGAGGACAUGGACGAGUGUGCCUCCGAUCCGUGCAUCAACGGGGGUCUGUGCCAGAACCUCGUGGGCAGAUUCCAGUGCCUCUGCGACGUGGCCUUCGCGGGCGAGCGCUGCGAGGUGGACCUGGCUGACGACUUGAUCUCAGACAUUUUCACCGCCAUUGGCUCAGUGACUUUAGCCCUGUUAUUGAUCCUCUUGCUGGCUGUCAUUGCUUCUGUUGUCACCUCCAACAAAAGGGCGACUCAGGGAACCUACAGCCCCAGCCGCCAGGAAAAGGAGGGCUCCCGAGUGGAGAUGUGGAGCACAAUGACACCCCCUGCGAUGGAGCGGCUGAUCUAGGAGCCUUCUGUCCCUCUGAGAAAGGGACCCACACACUGUGAACGUGAUGACUGGACUGAACUGGCUUUUUUACAUACCUGGAGAGUUUAAUUUAUGAGUGGGAUUACAGUGGAACUGUGGGAAGCAUUCCUUUGACCAACUUGAAGACUUAGAUGGUGGUUCAACUGGACAAUGUUGUUUUAUUUUAUACUAGCCAAUCACCAAGUUUGUGCCAGUAAUUUUAGCCUUAUAACUAGCAGAAAUAAUCUUCCAGAGAACAGUGUCUUCUGGGAAAACCUCCUGUGACUGUCACUUAAAUUUUACUCUUUGUAACCUAGGGUCAACUUUUUAGUUUGCCUUCUAACUGCCAACUGCCACUCCCUCUCACCCUAACCCCCCCCAAGAAACUAUAGGAAAAAAAAAGAGGAUAGAAGAUAUUUCCCACUCCUCCUAUUGUGUGU